ACAGCUGUUCCAUUUUUACAGUUGGCAGCCCUGGUGGUGCAGAAAUCUACGUGGAGGCAGAAAGUCCAACGCAAAUAAUGGCAAACAAACCGAAAAAAGAGGAAGAAAGCGGCAACGAUUGGAACCAGAGCGACGAGGAUGACAACUGGGACGACUGGGGCGACGACGAGGACAAGUUUGUCCACGUGGAAAAGGAGACGCAGUCGCAGCAGGAGAAAGAUGGCAGCAAAAACAACGCAAAAGCUAGAGAGGAUGUGGUGGUAACACCCAAACAGGAACCCCCUGUUGCUGCUCCGCCCACAGUGACCUCCAACACAUCAUCCUCGUGGGGCCUGUGGGGCGGGAAGCUAAGCUCCGUGCUAAGCACAGCUACCGAGGGAUUGGGCACCAUAACCACUCAAGUGAACCAGGGCUUGAAUCAGAUCAUAGGCGUGCCCGACCCCGAGGAACUGGCUCGCAUCAAUGCAGCCGAACAACAGGCGGCAGCCAAGGAGAUGCCAGUUGAGGGCACACACCGGGAGAAAACACCAGCAGGAACGCCAGAAGAAACCACAGAAGCGGAAGGCGAGGCGUCACCCGCCUUUGGUCUUGGUUUCGUCACUAAUUUGGGCACAAAGGUACUGAACACGGGGCUGGACACCCUGGAGGGCAUUGGCAAGAAGACCAUGACCAUACUGCAGGACAACGAUCCUAAGCUGAUGAACAAGCGGAAGCUCCUGGGACUGGAGGCCAACAAACCGAAUCUCAGUGCUCUGUUGCUGGAGGCGAAGAAGGAUGCAGACCAAAUGGAGGAGUCGCUGCAGCAGUUGCGGCUGGAGAAGCAAAAGGCGCAGCUCCGCUUUGAGAUUCUCUUCGAGAACUACUGCGGCCUGGUGCACUACGAGGCCCUUGAGAUCCUGUCGAAGGAGUCCUGCCUCAAGCUGGACACUCUCCGAGAUGCGGUUAGUGGCAACGCUCUGUCCGAGCUGCAGGAGACAAUCAAUGAAGUGAAAGAACUGCUUGAACUGGAGGAUCUGGAGUGCGAAAGCGAGGGCGACUACGACUCUCAGGAGCUGAGCGAACGAUUGGCGGGUACCAUUGCCGAUACCGAGGUGGAGAUUCAGUUUGAGGAUGUGGCCAAACACUGGUCGCUGUGCCUGGAGUGGCUGACAUCCGAUGAGGCCACCUCUGCCGAUCUGGAGCAGGCCUAUGCCAAGAGCAUCCACGCUCUAAGCGAAGCCUGUGCCCUGGAGAUGUGCAAGCUUCACAAGAUCGCCGAGCUGCUGCUGGUGAAACCACAUCACAGCACUGCCAACGAGGUGGACGGCGUGGUCAAUCUCUGCAAGCAGUUUAAUGGACACCUUCAGGGUCUUACUCAUAGGUACGCCGCUAUUUUAAGCAGCAAGCAGGAACCUGAGGAGGCCAAGGCCCGGGUCAGCACAUUCUUUUCCGAAAUGCUAUCGGGCGUGGAGUUCAUAGAGAAGGCCUACAAGCUCUUUACGCCCAUCCUGCAAAUGGGUGCUGUCUAAGCAGAUCAAAAUCUAUUUGUUGUCCUUGCUAUUUUUACGAUUAAUGUCCUCUACUCCCCUUGUUUUCCAUAUAUAAAUGUAUACAAAA